AACCCUUUGGGCGGAGCAUUCAAUCUUCAAGCUCCCUCGUUUACAUCGCUGCCUUCUCCCUUCUUACUUAGUUUCUUCUUCAACUACUCUCUCUCUCUCUCCAUCAAAACUUCUCUUCCAUAUCUGCAGCUACACUUAUCUGCACUUCAGAAAGGCAAUGACAUUGAGCUCGGGAAUGGAAAUGGCCUUGACAUUUUACAAAUCCGUUCAUUCACCGCCUAGCUUACUUCCGGGGAGUGCUAGGGGAAUCAAGAGUUCCCAAUGUAGUUUGGUUGGGGGAAGUAGGGUGAACUUCCCACGGCAGAGAAGUCAGGUUACUCAAGUUAGGCGAAGUAAGACUGGUAAACGUGGAGGAGCUUUAGCUGCUACAUGCAAGGAUGAUAAAAUUCUGGUGGCCAACAGGGGAGAAAUUGCUGUUCGUGUUAUUCGAACUGCCCAUGAGAUGGGGAUUCCUUGUGUUGCGGUUUACUCAACCAUUGACAAGGAUGCACUUCAUGUGAAACUGGCUGAUGAAUCAGUUUGCAUUGGUGAAGCACAGAGUAGUCAGUCGUACCUGUUGAUCCCAAAUGUCCUCUCUGCUGCUGUUAGUCGGGGAUGUACAAUGCUGCAUCCUGGAUAUGGUUUCCUUUCUGAAAAUGCAGUUUUUGUUGAGAUGUGCCGCGAGCAUGGAAUCAACUUUAUUGGACCAAAUCCUGAUAGCAUACGUGUCAUGGGUGACAAAUCAACUGCCAGGGACACAAUGAAGAAUGCUGGAGUUCCCACUGUGCCAGGGAGUGAUGGAUUAUUACAGAGCACUGAAGAAGCAAUCAGAGUUGCAGACGAGAUUGGCUAUCCUGUAAUGAUUAAGGCAACAGCAGGUGGCGGAGGACGUGGUAUGCGUCUUGCUAAAGAACCUGAGGAAUUUGUGAAGUUGUUGCAGCAAGCUAAGAGUGAAGCGGCUGCUGCUUUUGGAAAUGAUGGCUGUUAUCUGGAAAAGUAUGUCCAAAAUCCAAGGCACAUUGAAUUCCAGGUUCUUGCCGAUAAGUUUGGCAACGUUGUUCACUUUGGAGAACGAGAUUGCAGUAUUCAGAGAAGGAAUCAAAAAUUGCUUGAAGAAGCACCUUCACCUGCUCUGACCCCAGAAUUACGAAAAGCAAUGGGGGAUGCAGCUGUUGCAGCUGCAGCAUCCAUUGGUUAUGUAGGUGUUGGUACAAUUGAGUUCCUUCUUGAUGAGAGAGGCUCAUUUUACUUCAUGGAAAUGAAUACUAGGAUCCAGGUUGAACAUCCUGUGACAGAGAUGAUUUCAUCUGUUGACUUGAUUGAAGAACAAAUCCGUGUAGCUAGGGGUGAAAAACUUCGCUACAAGCAGGAAGAUAUUGUUCUCCGUGGACAUUCAAUUGAAUGCCGUAUCAAUGCUGAAGAUGCUUUCAAGAACUUCAGACCUGGGCCAGGGAGAAUUACAACAUACUUACCAGCUGGAGGCCCAUUUGUUAGAAUGGAUAGCCAUGUAUACUCAAAUUAUGUUGUUCCUCCCAGCUAUGAUUCCCUACUCGGAAAGCUUAUUGUGUGGGCUCCAACUAGAGAGAGGGCAAUCGAACGAAUGAAGAGAGCUCUUAAUGACACCAUAAUCACAGGGGUUCCAACCACAAUUGACUACCACAAACUCAUUCUUGAAGUAGAGGAUUUCAAAAAUGGAAAGGUUGAUACUGCUUUUAUUCCCAAGCAUGAAGCAGAAUUAGCUGCACCACAGGAUUUGGUACCUGUAUCAGCUCCUGCGAAACAGCUGAAUAAUGCUGCUUAGACGUCGAACAAUUUAGGUUGGUUUCGAGAUUAUGGUUUUGGUGGGAUCCGGUUUUUAUUUAUUCAAGUCGGUUUUCGAGAGAAAAUUAAGAACUCCUUUCUUUAUCUUUGGCUAACCCUUGAGGUUUGUGUAUGUUUGUUUGUUUGAGACUCUGUAUAAGUCUUAUUUAUUUAGUAUCAUUUUCCAACUAAUAAUACAAUGGAAUAGUUACAUUUUGAAGAUGGGAUUAAAUUAAAUAUUUUUAU